AUUGUUAAUUUUAAAGGAGGAGAUAAUGAUAGAGGAAUUAGACAUGCAUCGAUUAUUUCGGAGAUUUUCUCUGAAGAGAAAAUGGUAUCCCUGCUCAAAACAUCCAAAUUGCGGACGUUUCUCUAUUUGGGAGGUGAAUCCUUUGUACUCAACUCUCCCAAAGAUUUUUUCGGGUGUAAACAUUGUCAAGCGUUGGGUUUGGGUAAUACGGAUAUUCCUCUCCCUCCUUCCUCCUUUGGAAAGUUGAAGCACUUAAGGUUUCUUAAUAUUUCUGUAAACAAAUCUAUCCAGAGUUUGCCGGAUUCAAUCACGGAUUUGGUGAGCUUGCAAAUCCUUGAACUCAUUAGGUGUGAGAACCUUAAAACAUUUCCAAGAGAUUUGAGGAAAUUGGUCAACCUUAGGUUCCUCUCAAUUAAAUUGUGUAAGUCACUGAGUCACCUACCAUCCCUGAGUGAACUCCCUUCCCUAAGGACGUUGAUUCUAUGGGGUUUGGGUGCAUUGGAGUUCCUUCAACAAACAAGUGACCCAGAACAAUCUGAUACUACACGCCCCUUCUUCCAAUCUCUUGAGAAACUGUCCCUCUUCAUGUGCAGCAACCUGAAAGGAUGGUGGGGAAGAAGGCAAGUAAUGGGAGCAUAUCAAAAGCAUCCAUCAGACAAUUCAUUGUCAUCCUUCCCAAAACUUUGGUAUGUGAAAAUAGUGUGCUGUCCCCACUUGAAUUUCAUGCCACCAUUCCCCCAGGUGGAACAGUUGCUCACAGAUAACACGAAAAUAUUGCAACAACAAAUGAUGGUCAAUCCAAAUUGCCCAUCAGAAGCAACAGUGGGAUCCACAUUCAUCCCUUUCUCUAAACUAAUGUGUCUAGUUCUUAAUGGUAGUGAUAUGGAGCCCUCGAUGCUCGAGACUCUACUCCGAUUACCAAGUAAUCUCAAGUCCAUGAACCUCUACUUUUGCAACGGGUGGUGUCUCUCUCGUGGCAUGCAGAACCUUUCCUUGCUCCAGAAACUCAACAUUUUUAGUUGUGGAGGACUCGAUUUAUUGUGCCAAGAAGACGAGCAUGGCACCCAAUGGCGAUUCCUUACAAAACUUCAUGUUCUUAAACUCAACUUUCUUGAGAAUUUGGUGGCAUUACCCAAGGGGAUUCAACAUGUCACGACUUUACAAUCUCUCGAGAUUUCUGACUGUCGGAAUCUAGAGAGUUUGCUGGAAUGGAUUGAAAAUUUCUCUUUGCUUGAAAAGCUGGUAUUAUCUGACUGUCCAAAAUUAGAACGUUUGCCAUUAGGGAUGCGCAACCUCACACGCUUGAAGGAAUUGAGAAUCUGUGAUUGUCCAGCUCUGAAAGAGAGGUACCUAACAGAUGGCCAUGAAGAAUUGGAAAAGAUUGCGCACAUUCGGAUCAUCGAUUGGGAGGAUUGAUUGUAACCAUGAGCUCAGUAGAGAGGUCGAAAUUGCUGUUUGUACCACCACCUUCCUCCGUUAUGUCGCGCGUGUAGCACACCACCUUUGCCUCGCCGUCUUGCUCGUAGAGAACCUCCUCACUCCCUCCUUCUAUCUCCUCCAUCACGGCUGCCGGAACUCCCUGAUUCGCCACCACCUGGAAGGACACCAGCGUCUCCGACGCGCGUUGCAUCCU